AUGUUCGCAGUAAAAGGAUGGUCAGUCGACUCGAGUGCGCUCAAGACACAGCAAGCCGCUCAGCCCGCCGCCAAAAAGCCCGAGGAUGGCGCAACCGGACCCUCGGCGCAAAACAAGAAGAGAAAGAGAGGAGGCAAGGACAGAACUCCCAGAGAUGUCAACGACUCGAAUGUAGGCGACCUUUGGGCUACGACCAUUGAGGGCAAGAAGGCGCCCAAGAAGCCCAAGAUCGAGAAGAAAGAGAAGGUUGAGGCUGGUGACGAGGCUGUUGCACCCAGCGCAGACGAGAAGCCUGUGGUCGAGGGAGAGAAGAAGGAGAAUGCUGCCACAGAAGAGAAGGAAAAGACGUCAGACAGCAAAAAGGCAAAGAACAAGAAGCGCCAAAAGCAGAGAGAGGAGAAGGAAAAGGAAGCCGCUUCAGCAGAAGCUGGCAAGGCCAUUACCAACACUCCGGCCGCUCCUCCCUCGCUGCCCGUCAACGCCAAACUCACUCCCAUGCAAGCCGCUAUGCGCCAGAAGCUCAUCUCUGCCCGUUUCCGCCACUUGAACGAGACCCUCUACACCGCUCCCUCGGCCACUUCGCUCGCCCUCUUCGCAGACAACCCCGAAAUGUUCGACGACUACCACUCAGGUUUCCGCCAGCAGGUCACCACGUGGCCCGAGAACCCCGUCGACAUCUUUAUCCGUUCUAUUCGCGACCGUGCAAAGGUCAAGGUCUACAACCAGAACAAGGCAUUCCGCGACGUCAAGAGAGGGAAAGCCCCCAAGGAGGAGGAAGAGCCAGCAACUGGCGAAAAAGCAAACCCUCUCCCUCGCACACACGGUACCUGCAACAUCGCAGACUUGGGCUGUGGAGACGCAAGACUAGCUGCCACUUUCCACGAAGACGGCAGCGGCACCCGCUACAACCUCAAGAUUGCCUCGUACGACUUGCAAUCACCGAGCAAGUUUGUCACAAAAGCCGAUAUUGCCAACCUGCCCUGUGCAGAUGGAAGCAUGGAUGUUGCCAUUUUCUGCUUGGCUCUUAUGGGAACGAAUUGGAUCGACUUUAUCGAAGAGGCAUACAGAAUCUUGCACUGGAAGGGCGAGUUGUGGAUCUCCGAGAUCAAAUCGAGAUUCGGAAGAGUGGGAGGCGACAAAGGCAAGGGUGGUCAGAAGGUCGUCGAGCACAGUGUAGGCAACCGCCGUAAAGCCGCUGCAAAAGCAAAGGCAGCGGACGCCACCCGUGCCAAGCUCACCGCUGAAGAGGAAGAGGCAGCUCUGCGUGAACACGUUGAUGAGGUCGUCACAAAGUCUUCUGAAGAGACUGAUAUCUCAGGCUUCGUCGAAGUUCUGCGACGAAGAGGUUUCUUACUCAAGGACGAGAAGUCUGUGGAUUUGAGCAACAAGAUGUUUGUCAAGAUGGAGUUUAUCAAGGCUGCUGCACCUGUGGUGGGCAAGAACGUGCAAGAGGCUGGCGAAGAGAGAAAGGGCGAGCAUGGAACUUGGAAGCCAAAGUUCAAGAAGUUUGUCGAGCAAGAGACCAAGGAGGUUAGUGUCGAGGAUGAGACCAAGGUGCUUAAGCCAUGCUUGUACAAGAUUAGGUAG